AUGCCUCAACAAGCCAUCGGUGGUUGGGGAAUGACCACGUCGGGCCAGGGUUGGGGUGGGGCUCAGUCGAUGCAACAACACCAGUCCUGGGGCCCUGGAGGUUACUCGGAUAACGCCAACACUAUGCCGCUACAGAACCCACGGAAUUUCGGAGAGCAGAGUGAUGGCCAAUACGCGGCAGCCCGAGCUGGGGCGGAGGCGGCUCAGGCGG